AUGGCAUCCGCCGUCCCUCCUACUCAAUUCCUACUCGACCGAUCCCUCUUCAACGAGACACUCUAUGCUGGAAUCCGGUCCUUCUGGUUUGCUGGACUGCCAGCGGGGUCGAAAGCCGAUAAUGAGAUUCUGCAAAAGCGAUGGUGGGGAAAGGGUCGUACGGAAGAGGAGAGCAAGGCGCUUGAUGAGGAAGUGCGACAGAAAUAUGGGGGCGUAUUGGAGAGUAUAGGGCCUGAGAAGAUCGCGUUGCCAGAGUGGCAGUCCUACGAAUGGGACGCAGAGCACAAGACCGAACUCACAGCGCCGUUCUUGGAAGAAGUCCAAAGCGCGCAAGAACAGGAUUCAUCGGGCGCAAAAGCGGCAGAGACAUUCCUCUCCCUUAUCCUCCUCCUCGACCAAUUCCCGCGUCAAAUCUACCGCACGCCCUCAUCCCUCCCUCUCGUCUAUAGGCUCUACGACCGCCUCUCCUACGCCCUCCUCACAGCCUGCCACCCACACCUAACACUCCACCAACACUACCGCGGCUCCUCUGCGCACAGGCUAUGGUUCUCCCUGCCAGCCAUGCACGCCGAAGACCUCGCAGCACAAGACCUCGCGCUUUCCAUCUUGCGGACGUCGCUGCAAGAGGCCGAGCAAGAUGGCGAUGAGGUGUGCGCGGGGCAGUUAAAGGGUCCUGUUGGGUUCGCGGAGACGCAUAGGGAGAUUGUGGAAAGGUUUGGCAGGUUUCCGCAUCGGAAUGAGUGUCUUGGGAGGCAGCAUGUGGGUGAAGAGGAGGAGUGGUUGAGGACGGGAGAGACGUUUGGGGUGAAGCAGAAGGGAUCGGAUGAUGGGAAGAGUGAAUUGUGA